GCAGAGACUAAGCAACAAAGAGAGGAGCAACUUUGCCCCCCUAUAGAGACUUACUGUUACUGGAGAACUGAUAAUACGAAGGAGCUCACUAGAUAAAUUUACAGCGACUUUAUCAGGCUGUAGUUGAUACUUAAACUUGGGAAGAUGCGUUUUUGCAAAACUUUUUUUUUUGCGGUCCUGCUGCCCCUGCUGAUAUCAGCACAGUAUCAAGGCGACAACGGAAUAGUUGUCCCGGAACAUGGAUUUUGUCAGCCGAUUUCGAUACCUCUGUGCACGGACAUUGCUUAUAACCAAACCAUCAUGCCCAAUUUAGUGGGUCAUUCCAACCAGGAGGACGCAGGGCUCGAAGUGCACCAGUUUUACCCGCUCGUGAAGGUACAGUGCUCGCCAGAGUUGAAAUUCUUCCUGUGUUCCAUGUAUGCGCCUGUUUGUACAGUUUUGGAAAAGGCCAUUCCUCCAUGCAGAUCGAUUUGUGAGAGGGCCAAGCAGGGCUGCGAGGCUCUUAUGAACAAGUUUGGCUUUCAGUGGCCGGACCGAUUGCGCUGCGAAAACUUCCCUGUGCUGGGAGAUGGACAAAUCUGCGUGGGCCAAAAUGACUCCUCCACUGCCACCGUCCCUCCGAUUAUAUCUGUUCCAGGAACGUCGGAUGUCUCCAUAAUCCCCCCACGUGGAAGGCCAUUCCAUUGCCCGUCUGUUCUUAAAGUUCCCCCAUAUUUGAAUUAUAAAUUUUUAGAAGAGAAGGACUGUGCCGCUCCCUGUGAGUCAUCUAGGAGCGGUGGGAAAAUGUUUUUCAGUGAUAAAGAAAUUCAUUUCUCGCGCAUAUGGAUUCUAGUUUGGUCUGUGCUUUGUUGUGCAUCUACGUUAUUCACAGUAACCACUUAUUUAGUUGACAUGCAACGCUUCAGAUACCCAGAGCGGCCCAUCAUCUUCUUGUCUGGCUGUUACACUAUGGUCUCCAUUGCCUACAUAGCAGGCUUCUUCCUCGGUGAUAGGGUGGCGUGCAAUGACAGCUUCACCCCUGAUGGCUAUAAGACCAUAGUCCAAGGCACCAAAAAAGAAGGCUGUACUAUCCUCUUCAUGAUGCUCUAUUUCUUCAGCAUGGCCAGCUCCAUAUGGUGGGUCAUUCUAUCGCUCACCUGGUUCCUGGCUGCAGGUAUGAAAUGGGGCCACGAGGCCAUUGAAGCUAACUCUCAGUAUUUUCACCUGGCAGCCUGGGCAGUGCCAGCUGUCAAGACCAUUAGCAUCCUGGCCAUUGGGCAGAUUGAAGGUGAUGUGCUCAGCGGAGUCUGCUUUGUGAGUCUCAGCAACCUGGAUCCUCUGCGGGGCUUUGUUUUGGCCCCUCUCUUCAUUUAUCUUUUCAUCGGCACCUCUUUCUUGCUGGCUGGCUUUGUGUCACUGUUCAGAAUCCGCACCAUCAUGAAACACGAUGGCACCAAGACGGAGAAGCUGGAGCGAUUAAUGGUACGGAUCGGGGUGUUCAGCGUGCUCUACACGGUACCUGCCACCAUUGUUAUUGCAUGCUUCUUCUAUGAGCAGGCCUUUCGGCCCCACUGGGAGCACAGCUGGGUCAGCCACAACUGCAGGAGCCUGGCCAUUCCCUGCCCUAUGCAUCCUGGACCCCACAUGACACCAGACUUCACCGUCUUCAUGAUCAAAUAUCUGAUGACUCUGAUAGUGGGCAUCACCUCUGGUUUCUGGAUCUGGUCUGGAAAGACUCUGAACUCCUGGCAUAAGUUUUACACAAGGCUGACAAAUGGCAAACACGGAGAGACCACUGUGUAGAGUGAAAGCACAUGAGUGUUGCUGGGAUUAUUAUUUGUUUUAUUAUCUAUACCUCAUGUCAUAGGUAAGUAGCACAGUGAGUAGCUGUAGCAUUUGUGUUUGCCUCAGCUUUCUAGUCCCACUUGCAUGCCAAACUGAGGGUUGGAUUUUGAGAAAAACACAAGCUGGAUAAACACAGACUGAACCUGACUGUGUGAACAAAUAACAAUCAUGGCUAUGGAUGCCAUGUGCUGAUUGCUCUCCUCACCUUCUCUGGUUCCUUUCUUAAAGCCUCCAUAAACUCUGGGGAGUGAUGAUCCAGCAGACAAUAGAACACAGACUGAAUGACUGAUUUGAAUUUUUUUGAACUCUUGCAAAAACAUUUCAUGUACAGUUUUACAAAAUUGUAAAUAGUAUUUGUAAAAACACAACAUUAUAUUAUUGUAUUUAAAAAGUAAAUACUUUACCUUAUCUGCUAGUGUACUCAAACUAAGUAAUUUUGCACUGUAUGAAUGCCACAAGCCCAGACAAAGACAUGCCUGUUUUUUGUUCUUUUUGCGUUUUCUUUUCUGUUAAUUUGUGAUUAUAGAUUAUAACAUUGUGUUGUUAUCCUUAAUUUACGGAAAACAUGUGCAGAGUCUCUGCAGAAUUUACAGAUAUCAACUCAUGACUAUGAAUUUUGAACUUGUGGUUAGACAGGAACAUCAUGCUUUGUGUGAGGUUUUUUUUCUCAUCUUUCUGCUCUUAUAUGUGUUCAGUAUUGUUUUAACAAUUAAACCCUGUUGUUAACG